UCUUAUCACUUUCAGUGAAAAACUCUUCUGAUACGAUGAUGUUACUAUCAGUAUUAUUUAUUGCUUUCACUUUCAACCACUUCGAAUGUAGAAGGAUAGUCGACGAUAUUAGUAACGAUGUAGGUAGUAGCGCAGAGGAAAACCUCAGUUUUUCAACGGGGGAAUGGGUGAAGAUCAAUAAUCCUCCGGUUGUUGUUAUGAAUAAAAAAGUCGGAUCUCAUAUGGAACUUCAUUGCGAAGCAAUGGGCUCGCCGCCUCCCACCAUCGAAUGGUACAAAUCGAAUAGAAAAAUCACCGAAAAUGAGGCAUUCGAAACUAAUAUAGUAGCUAGGAAUCCAGCUUUGGCACAGGUAACGUCUCGAUUAGUCAUAAAUUACUUACUACCUCGUCAUCAGGAUAUUUAUCGAUGUGUAGCAGAGUCUGGUUCGAAGGUAGACACGGCGGCGACUAAACUGAUAGUUACAGAUGGUAGAGAAAUGAAUUUUACGCAAUUAUUAAAUGCAAAAAUUCUCGGAGCGCAUCAUUUACCUCGCGUAACUUUUUGGGCCAGUACAUACAUGGACGUUAUCGGUAAUGAUGUCGUUUUGCCUUGUAAAUACGUCGGAAAUCCAAAACCCAGCGUUAUUUGGGUAAAUCCUAACAGCAAAAUGAUCGAAAACAACGAGAAAUACUCAGUUUCUCGAGAAGGAGAACUUCGAAUAAGAUCUAUAGAAUGGUCUGAUAUGGGCGCUUACGUGUGUGCGUUAGAAAAUUCAGUUGGUGAAGACUCGAUAGAAACAUUUUUAUAUCCAAUGCAGGGUUCCAAAUAAUCGACAAACGAGAUCGACAAUUCUAGUCAAAUUUUCUUAAGGACUUCAAAAUCGUAUUGACUAUAUUUUUUUAAAUUAAUUUAAGUAUUGAUAGAUUAAUAACUUAUAUACUUAUUUAUAUAGAUGUAAAAAAUUCCAAUAAAGAGAUUUUAAGAAA